AAGUUUUGUGUUAUUCUUGUUAAAAUUAUAAAUAAUUUACUUUGUUUGGCUUUUUUACACGCCUUUCGGCUUCAAACUAGCUGCAUGUAAACGCAGCCCUGAACUUUACCAAAGGCACAAUGAGCUACGAAGAUGUGAACGCCUUUCCGAAGGACUUCGGUUAUGGCGCCCUGGAUCAGGAUGAUAUGGACAUGGAACCGAACACGUCAAGCAGCAGCGAGACCAAGCCACGCAUAUUGCUGAUGGGCCUACGACGUUCGGGAAAGAGUUCCAUACAGAAAGUUGUCUUCCAUAAAAUGUCACCGAAUGAAACGCUCUUCCUUGAAUCUACAAGCAAAAUCGUUAAGGAUGAUAUUAACAACUCCAGCUUUGUUCAGUUUCAAAUCUGGGACUUUCCAGGCCAAAUUGAUUUUAUAGAGCCUACAUUCGAUUCGGAUAUGAUCUUUGGCGGCUGUGGAGCGCUCGUCUUUGUCAUCGAUGCCAAGGAUGACUACAACGAGGCGUUAACCAAGCUGAAAAAUACAGUUGUCAAGGCGCAUAAAGUGAAUCCAAAUAUCAAAUUCGAGGUUUUCAUACACAAGGUGGAUGGCAUUAGUGAUGAUUCCAAAAUGGAGUCACAGCGUGAUAUACACCAGCGUUCAUCGGAUGAUCUGAGCGAAGCGAAUUUAGGACAAAUUCAUUUAAGUUAUCAUCUAACUUCUAUUUACGAUCAUUCUAUAUUUGAGGCAUUCUCAAAGGUUGUACAAAAGCUAAUACCACAACUGCCUACCCUGGAGAAUCUGCUCAAUAUAUUCAUACCCAAUUCGGGCAUUGAGAAAGCGUUCCUCUUUGAUGUGGUUUCGAAGAUUUAUAUAGCUACGGAUUCCUCACCAGUUGAUAUGCAAACGUACGAGCUCUGCUGUGAUAUGAUCGAUAUGGUCAUUGAUCUAUCCAGCAUAUAUAGCUCUGAGGAAACUGCCUUUGAUAGUGGAAGUUCUAGUCUCAUUAAGCUAAAUAAUAAUACAAUACUCUAUCUGCGUGAAGUGAACAAGUUCUUGGCACUCGUCUGCAUAUUGCGCGAGGAGAACUUUAAUCGUCAGGGAAUUAUUGAUUAUAAUUUUAUUUGCUUUCGCGAUGCCAUAAGCAAGGUGUUUGAGCUGCGCCUGAAACGUCAAAAGCAGCUAGAGAAUAUCGAACAGGAUGAGGAUGAGCUAAUCAUGGAUGAUCAUGGUCUCACCAUUGGUCUUUCCAAUGAUAAUGAUCCAACGUUGGUCUCCAGAAAUGCUAAAAUUGCAUGAGCUAAAUUCCAGUGACCUUAAGUUAUCGUUACCGAUUGUUAGCACUUGAAGUAAUAUUUGCAAGUUUUUGUCAUUAUUUUCCUUUUUAUUUUGCAAUUUUUUAUGUUUUUCCAUAUGCCUAUUUGUUAUCAAUAUUUUGUUUAUUAAUAUGUACAGCACUAAAGCUGCUUAAUAUAACGCCAGCAUAAAAUAGCCCAGCGUUUUAAAAUCUAUA